AUGGCUGAUUCGGAUGAAGAGUAUAUCGGAGAACUCUCCGAAGAAGAGAACAAUGCCAGUGUGCGCGGCUCUCAUGGGACUGCGCAUGCAUCCCGUUCCAAGAGAAGAAAGCAGCGAGGAGGCGCCGAGUGGGAAGUCUCGCGAACAUGGGAAACGCUAGUUGAGGGUGCGGAUGGCACAAUCAGCUCUACGGUUGAAGGGCUUCUAGAGGCUGGGAAAAGGAAGAGGCUUUUGAGAGAUACAACGCCCUUGCAACGUGGUAUAAUCCGGCAUCUCGUCCUAAUUCUGGACCUAUCCCAGUCAAUGAUGGAGAAAGACCUGAGGCCAACACGGUACCUUCUCACCCUACGGUAUGCACAAGAAUUCGUGCGGGAAUUCUUCGAGCAGAAUCCUAUAUCCCAACUCGGCGUACUCGGUUUGAGGGACGGGCUUGCAAUUCGGAUCAGCGACAUGAGUGGAAAUCCUACGGAGCACAUCAGUGCCAUACAAGCUUUGAGAGAUCACGAUGCCAAAGGUCUCCCUAGUCUACAAAACGGACUCGGGAUGGCUCGUGGCGCUCUCUUUCAUACUCCAAGUCAUGGUACCCGAGAAGUCUUUAUUGUGUUUGGCUCUCUCCUUUCCUCCGACCCCGGGGACAUAUAUCGGACGAUAGCCACCUUAGUAAAUGAUAAGAUACGCGUGAGGAUUGUUGGUCUGGCCGCUCAGGUGGCUAUUUGCCGUGAACUCUGCUCAAGAACUAAUGGUGGUGAUGAUACCACUUAUGGAGUGGCGCUCAACGAGCAGCACUUUCGUGAAUUAAUGAUGGAUGUAACAACACCGCCUGUUACAUAUUCUCAGAAACAAUCCACAAGCUCCCUCUUGAUGAUGGGAUUCCCGUCUCGUACUGUUGAAAGUUGUCCUUCUCUCUGCGCCUGCCACUCUAAACCAUCUUGCGGAGGGUAUUCGUGUUCACGGUGCAAUAGCAAAGUCUGUGGGCUCCCCGCCGAAUGUCCAUCUUGCGGGCUAACCUUGAUCUUGUCUACACAUCUUGCAAGAUCUUACCAUCAUUUAUUUCCACUCAUGAAUUGGGUUGAGGUUCCGUGGCAACAGGCCUCGCGCAGUUCAGCAUGCUUUGCUUGCGGCGUAUACUUCCCUGCAGUGCCCCCUAACGAUCAGUGGCAAACUACGGAGUCACAAGCAAAGGGAAUGAGUGUGAGCAGCCGCUAUGAAUGCACAGUUUGCAAGAAUCAUUUCUGUAUUGAUUGCGACCUCUUCGCUCAUGAAGUUGUGCACAAUUGCCCUGGCUGUCAGAGCGGGAUCAUGGCCCAGGGGAAAAGAGGCUCACACAAGGAUCAUCCUGAUGCAGAUGAAAUGGACAUUUCAGCAUAUUAA